AGUAUUCCUGCCAUUUCCAGCGGCACUUGAGGCAAAUCAUUGUGUUUUUGCUCCGGCAUCAUCCUCCCCUUGCGUUGUUCUCGAGUACACACCGGUCUGAAGCUUGACAAAAUGAUGAAGCAGUGGAUUGUUCAAGGGAAGAAGGGGAUCGAUUCACUGGAGCUUCAGGAGGUUCCUAUCCCUUCCCCGGAAGACUAUGAAGUUUUGGUUAAAUUUCAUGCGGCGUCAUUGAACUACCGAGAUAUUGUGAUCGCGAAUGGUAAAUAUGUCUGGACCGCGAUAGUCCCAGGAUCUGAUGCCGCCGGUGAAGUCGUCAAAGCUGGCCCCAAGGUGACCCGGUUCUCAGUCGGACAACGCGUAUCGCCAAUAUUCCACCUGAAACAUCUCUACGGCUCUUUCGAUGAAAGUUACUUUCCUACUUCUUUGGGCGCAAAGCACGACGGUGUUUUCCGCCAAUACGCGGUGUAUAACGAAGAAAGUUGCGUCGAGAUACCCUCCAAUCUGAGCUAUCGCGAAGCCGCCACUCUUCCCUGUGCGGCGGUGACUGCUUGGAACACAUUGUACGGUGGCCCACGGAAACUGAAGCCGGGAGAAACAGUCCUCGUUCAAGGUACCGGGGGUGUGAGCAUAUUCGCCUUGCAGUUUGCCAAAAUGGGUGGCGCACAAGUGAUCGCAACCACAAGUGGUCCAGAAAAGGCUGAUCGACUGAAGGUCGAGCGUGCAGAUCACAUUAUCAACUACAAAGAGGAUCUGAAAUGGGGAGAAACGGCGAAGAAACUCUCGCACCGCGGACGCGGAGCAGACUUCAUCAUCGAGAUUGGCGGCGCAAACACCAUGGCGCAGUCAGCUCAGGCAGCAGCAGUCGAUUGUCAGGUUUCUGUUAUCGGCAACAGGGCCGGUCCCCGGGAAGAAAACGGACAUAUCGGAGAGUCUCACGGUACCACGAUGUUCACGACUCGUCGGAUCUUGGUGGGCAGCAGGCAGCUCAACGAAGAGAUGAAUACUGCGAUCGAAGUAAACGAUGUCAAACCCAUCAUCGACGCCAAAACUUUCCGAUUGAGCGAGCUGAAGGAGGCGUAUACAUACUCUGAGACGGGGCAGCAUUUUGGAAAGGUGGUUUUGGAUAUAGAUUGAGAGCGAUCUGGGGGACAUUUCCAUUCUGAGUGUUACUAUAAUAGUUGAAGUCUGUCUCGUCGGCAGUAAAGACGUGCCUCUAUCGACAAUGUCACUAUCAC